CGACAAUGAGCCAACGAUUACUAACAAAAAGUCUGCGAAGAAGCGACGCAACCGUUUGACGUGGGUUUGCGACGUUCAGGGACCCCGACGGUGCCGCUCCAACGCGACGCCUCCUCGCGCCGAUCAAAUAGACGCCGCCGCGCGUGCACGUGACGGCGGCGCUGCGGGAUCGCGUGCAUCUGGUCAAAACAAAGCGGGGGCGCGCCCGCGGGAGCGAGCGGAGGCGCACGCUUCAUGAAUGAGUCCUUCGCGGUCCGCUCGCGCCGCCGCCGGGACCACCGCCACGGCCGCAGCGCCCGGUCGGGGCCCCCCUCCGGCGGAUCGAGCCCCGACGUGACAUCGGAGCUGCAUGCGAGCCUGGAAGCAGGCGACGGGACGCGGAACGAUGCUGGACGGACUCCGACGGCGGCACGCCUCGCGCUCGUCGCCGCGGCCCCUCUCCCUCAACUUCAGCACCUUCUCGGCGCCGCCGCCCCCCAGCCCGGACUUGGACGGCGCCAGUGAGCAUCCCAUCAGGAGGACUCUGCACCGGCUCAAGCUGAUGAGCUCGCCCAGCCUCAGCGAACUGGCCAAGAGCGACAAGGGCUCACCCGAAGACAGAGGCGAGAAGCAGAAGAGGGCCGGCGCCAACGCCACCUGGAACAGCAUCCACAACGCCGUCAUCGCCGUCUUCCAGAGGAAAGCGUUGGCCGACAACGAGCUUUACCUUCUCAACGAGGGCGUCCGACACCUGCUGAAGACGGAGCUGGGGUCCUUCUUCACGGAAUACCUUCAGAACCAGUUGCUGACGAAGGGCAUGGUCAUCCUGAGGGACAAAAUAAGGUUCUACGAAGGUCAGAAGUUGCUGGACUCUCUGGCGGAGACGUGGGACUUCUUCUUCUGCGACGUGCUGCCCACCCUGCAGGCCAUCUUCCACCCGGUGCAGGGUAAGGAGCCGUCGGUCCGCCAGCUGGCUCUGCUGCACUUCAGGAGCGCCAUCGUCCUGAGCGUCAAGAUGGAGGACGCCCUGUCGCGGCCGCGGGCGCGGGUGCCGCCCUCCGUUACGCAGAUGCUGCUCGUCCUGCAGGGCGUCCACGAGUCGCGUGGGGUCAACGAGGACUACCUGAGGCUGGAGUCUCUGGUCCAGAAGGUGGUCUCGCCCUACUUGGGCACUCACGGUCUUCAGUCCGGAGACCACACCGACGACCACUGCUGCGUUCUCGAGAAACGUUUCCAAUGGGGCUGGUCCAAGUCCGCCGAGCACUUGUCCAAGAACCCGGUGGUCCGGUCCAAAAGCUACAACAUCCCGCUGCUGCUGACGCCCGUGGCCGAGUACGACGCCGACUGCGGCUCGCUGGGCAGCGGCGGGAUCCGCCGCCACUCGGCCUGCGAGAUGAUCUCCUGCCCCGAGGAGCAGAAGUCGAACUUCGCCGAGCUGGCGGGCGGGUCCGAAGUCUCGGGCUCCGCCUCCUCCGAGCGGCUGCGCGUCGGCUCGCAUUUCAAAGGUAUGAUGCAGACCGGAGCCGCCGCCUCGGACCUGCCGCUGUCAUCCCCGUCCAUCCUGCACUCGUCGGGGGGUCUCCACGGCACGGAGGGGGCAGCGGCCGCCGGCGCCAGCCAUCUCGGCAAGGCGGCGGGGGCGGGCGCUUGCUCGCCGCCCAGCGACUCGUCCAGCCCCGAGACCAUUGUCGGCCAGGUGCUGCGGUCCGCCGACUCCGACUCGGACGGGAUAUUCAUCGACUUCUCGCGUUCCCAUUCGCCCGAGGCUCUCGGCUACGCUCGCGAGAGCAGGCAGAGCACCGUUUAGCUAGCGACGCCUGUGACGACAACUUUGGUAAAAGUACUUUUCACGGAUUUGAAUCCAUCCCCUUUUCAUCCAUUCGUGCCGCUGUCAUGAUGUCCUCGGCGGAGGUGAAUGCUUCAAAACGGGGACAGUACGAUGAACCCUCAUUUAUUCGACAACCAAGCGCAUUAUUUUUUAAACUUGAGCUUAUAAAGAAGGCCCUCACCCACUAUAAACAAAUUUCAACUUCUUCAAACACUUUAAAAAUAUUUAUUAGCAUGUGUGCUUCAAGGUACACAAAACCUACUCGUUUACCUAAAAUGGCCUCCAGGCUCUUUUGAAAUGACCAAAAUGUUCAACCAUGUCACUUUACCUCCUGUAAAUCUACUAUCUUAAUGCUAAUAUAAAAAUGGAGAACUACACAGAUGCGCUAAAUGAUGUUAGCAUAGCAAGACGUCACGGUAACAACCGUAGUCAAGUUACUGUAAUUUCCAGCCUAUAUGCCACGACUUUUUUCGCACACUUUUAACCCUGCGGUUUAUGCGGUGAUGCUGUACUAGCCUUAGUGCAGCGCCAGCGUUAGCGCGGUGCUAGCAUUUAGGCAUCUGGUUAAUAAGCCUCGGUACACAGAAAGAGUUUAACACUAGCGCCGCGCUUACGCUAGCGUUAAACUCUUUCUGUGUACCGAGGCUUAUAACUAGGUGCGCUCCGUAGGCCGGGAAUUACGCUAACGACGACGCAAGUAGAGCAGCAACAUGUCCGAUGAAGAAAAUCAAGCUCAGUGCUGCCCCGGCGUGUUGUGGCACAACGUGGUACUACAGCUAAAUUCAGCCAAAAUAGAACAAUUGCUUGAAAAUCUGCAAUAAAAAAGUAUCGUAAACGACAAAACGUAAUAUGUUGGUUCGGGUUUACCGUAUUUUCAGUGCGAGGACGCUCAGAUCUUUGCCGAUGUUAAACGUUUAAAAAGUGACCAAAAUGCUACGAUUGUUUAUUUAUGUGUGUGUGUGAAUGCAAGAACAACAACAACAGUUUGUCAUCAAUUGACGCAAUAAUAAUAAUAAUAAUAAUUGGAGGGGGCGACGAAAAAUGACAUUUUGCCCCAAAUCGAGAUAAAAGUCACCGGUUAAAAUGUGGCGAUAAAUAAAUACAGUAGCGGCUCCAUGAAGUCGGAAAAACUGAAUGGACAUCUGCAUCUUAAAAAAAAUUAAAUUAAAAGUUUUAGGAAUAAAAUUUAGGUACAUGCUUUUGAAAGGAGGGGGCGGGGGGAUCACAAUGUGAAUGAAGAUGCAUUUUUAAAAAGAUGAAAAUGAGUUUACUGAUAACUGCCAUUCAAAAAGGGGAAAGUGGAGAGGCAUACUUUAGAAAAAUGACGGAAAAUUGGAGAAAGGGCAAAAGAAUUACAGAAUCUGGAGGUAUAUCUUUAAAAAUAUACAAGAAAAAAAAAAAUCAAAAUGGCGCUCCAUGACCGGCGUCUACGCAAACUUUGACGGAUGUUUCGGCGAGCGCACACGCGUGCGUUCCUUGGCGGAGGUUCGGUACAUUCGCCGCUCAGGCUAAUGAAAUCGUGCGCCGAGUAAGAUUCGCGUCGGCCAUUCGGGCCCGUGAUGGCAGCCAUUUUGAAUCUUUUGGCGGAUGGACUAAACCAACUUAAGUUCCAGUGGAGAUCGCUUCUUCCUUUUUCUGAAUGUACAAAACAAAAACACAAAAAAAACAUUUUGUCUCGACGCUGUCGCACGUUUUCGCUCUCUUGGACAUUUCCAACCAUUUUUGAAUGUGUCACACGUGCUGUUUUGUUUGCUGCUUCUGCUAAUGUGGCUAACGGGCUGUUUUAAUGUUGUCGCUGCUUGUAGAGGUCCAAAGGGAAAUAAAAAUUCAAAUCAUGGUAAUAAUGGCUUUUUAGGUGCUGCCCUUGUUUUUCCUGCUCUGUACAAACAGACGUUGAGCUUUUUGAAUUGUUUACAUUUUAAAAGACGAUUGUACUGAAUGUUGUCUCACACACUGUAUUUUGCACUUUGGCAAAAAAAAAAAAAACAAGUGCGUUUAUCAGAUUGGAACACACACAAAAAAAAGUUAAGCGGUCACGAUAAAAAUUGUAAUAAUAAGGGCUUUUUUAAAAAGGAUCUUUUUCAACAACAACAAGAAAAAUGUUUUACCUCAAGCUUUUUGUACUUUACUUUUUUGGGGACAAUCUAUGGAGUUGUACUUUGUAUUCAUUUGUUAUACUUGCCUGGUAAUUAUAAAAAUUGAUUUGAAUAAAAUCUUCAAAUGUG